AUGGCGCGGGCCGUGCUGGCGCUGGGCGAGAGCCUGCAGGCCGAGGCCACCUGCCCCGUCUGCCUGGAGCUCUUCUCCGAGCCCGUCAUCACCGAGUGCGGCCACAACUUCUGCGGCCCCUGCAUGGCGGCGGUGCUGGGGGUCCCGCCGCGCCCCGCCGCCUGCCCCCAGUGCCGCGCAACCGUGGCCCCCGGCUCGCUGCGGCCCAACCGCUCGCUGGGCGCCGUGGCGGGGCUGGCGGGGACCCUGGGGGACGAGGCGCGCCGGCCCCGCUGCCAGGCCCACGGCGAGGCCCUGAGCCUCUUCUGCGAGAGCUGCCGCACCCCGCUCUGCCCCCUGUGCCGAGAGGGGCCCCGGCACCGCGACCACCGGGCGCGGCCCGCCGAGGAGGCCGCCCAGCAGCUGCGGGAGACACUCCAGAGCAACCUGGUUUUUCUACAAAAAGAGAAAGAAGAAUUUAAGCCCAAAGGAGAAAAGCAAAGCGAUGAGCUGCUGGGGAAGGUGGCCUCGGAGCGGCAGAGGCUGCGGGACACCUUCAAGCAGCUGCAGCAGUUCCUGCAGGAGCAGGAGGGCGUUCUGCUGGCCCAGCUCGACCAGGCGCACGGGGAGCUCACCAAGGAGCGCCGCAAAUACGUCUCCAGUGUUUCGGAGAGAAAAUCACUGCUGGACACGCUGAUUGCAGAGAUAGAGAAGAAACGUGACCAGCCGGUGGUUGAAUUCCUUAUGGAUGUUGGCAAAACCCUGAGCAGCUGCGAGGUGGCGAAGACCCCAAUCCCGGAGCCGGUUUCUCCGGAGCUGCGGAGGACCGUUAAGAGCCUCUCUGAGAUGAGCCAGCUGGUCGUGGGUGCGGUGGCCAAAUUCAAAGUGAACCUGCUGAGCGAGAUAGACAGAGAAAGGGUGAAGGUGAUGCUGGACCCAGAGACGGCAAGCCCGUACCUGAUCCUCUCGAAGGACCGCAAAACCGUGCAGCUGGGAGACGGACAGCAAAACCUCCCCGACACCCCCAAGAGAUUCACGGGCAGCCCCAGCGUCCUGGGCUCCCAGGGGUUCACAGCCGGGAGGCAUUACUGGGAGCUGGAGGUAGGGGACGGGGACAGCUGGGCCGUGGGGGUGGCCAUGGAGUCGGUGCGGAGGAAGGAUUCGCUCAACAUGGCCAUGGGGAAGAUCUGGGCCCUGCGGAUGGACUGGAAUCGCCAGUACACGGCGCUCCACAUGCCCCCCGCCCCGCUGGCACUGAAGGAAGAGCCCCGGAGAAUCAGGGUCCACCUGGACUACGAAGCGGGCCAAGUGACCUUCUACAAUGUGGACAACAUGAUGCAGAUCUUGCAGUUCAAGGCCUCCUUCACCGAGAAGGUCUUCCCAUACUUUUGGCUCUGGUCCCAAGAAACCUACAUCCAGCUGCGUGCCUGACGGGGUCGGAUGCGUCCCGGUCCCCUGCCCGUGCCUUUGGCUAGCUGAGCAGGCAAGAGGCGUGGGAAUGACGCAGCAUUGCGUUGCAAACUCACUGCAGCUCUGCCUGGGCUGGAUCCCCUCUGCAUGUUGCUGCACCUCCUCCUCCCAAGUCCUUUGGACCAUUAAAGAUGUGUUGUCCUGCC